GACAACGUCAACGCCCACUGCCCACCCUUGUCGAGCACGUUUUUGCCGGGUCUCGCCUGUACUCUAGAGUUUUUGGACUUUGCCACAGGUUUAAAAUUUUUUAAUCUGAAUCGACGUCAAACUUCCUAGUUCUUUUCUUUAUCCUAUAUUGAAAUGUUCAACCGCGGAAACGUUCAGUUUUAGGGAAGAUCUGGGGUACUGAGAGACCAAAAUGGAAGUUGUCGAUGAGAGUGGGUUCCAAGUUGUUACCUUUCCUGGACAAAAGGGAAAAGGCCUUGUUGCAACUGCUGACUUUUUAGAAGGCAGCACGAUUUUCGAGGAGGACCCGAUUGUUUGCUGCCAGUUUCCUUGGAAUGCAACUUGCAAGUACAGAGCUUGUGAUUACUGUAUGAGGGCUUUGGAAACUGCUGAAGAGAAUAUCCGAAGACUUUUGAAUAAUCCCGACAUCAUAAUUCCCAAUCAUGAAUGCUGCACCACGGACAAGAGCUCCCAUACAGAGUGCGACUUGUGCGGGACAGAGUACUGCAGCCAAGAGUGCCUCCAGAGAGCUAUGGCCGAGUAUCAUCAAGUGUUGUGCAUGAGGACCAAAUCUCGUGAUGGUUCACACCCAAUCGAGAUUAUCAAUGAAACCUGGAAGAAUUUCUACUAUCCACCAGAAUCAGGAAGUAUUAUGAUAUUUGCAAAAAUAUUCGCCCUGAUCAAUCAGGCUGCUGACAAAUCUAAAAUUCUUCAUAAAUUCAGCCAGUUUUGUCAAUUCACCUCCAAUGAAGAUGAAGAAAUCACACACAAAUUACUUGGCGACAAUUUCCGCCACCACAUCGACGUGCUUCGUGAGAUGUUUGUGUCAGCUUUUGGAAUUCCUGAAUGUCAGCACUGGAUGACUCCAGAGGGAUUUUCGUCUUUAAUUGCUUUGGUGGGCACAAAUGGCCAGGGCGUCGGAUCCAGUGCCCUUGCUGAGUGGGCAAAGAGAGCUGGCGAUCUGGAUCUGCCUCGCGCUGAGAAAGAACAACUUGAAGAAUUCAUCGACAACCUGUACAGCAAUCUGGAUGAUGAAUCCGGUGGUUUCCUGAACUGUGAAGGCUCUGCUCUGUACGAGCUGCAGAGCAAGAUCAACCACAGCUGCGACCCCAAUGCUGAGGUGUGCUUCCUCAACGGGAAUUCCAGAAUCACUGUGAGAGCAUUGAAAGAAAUUCAUCAGGGGGAUGAGAUUACCAUCAGCUACCUGUCGAUGUGUGACGUUGACAGAAGCAGGCACAGCAGACAAAAGGAGCUGAGAGCAAACUACUUAUUCCAAUGUCAAUGCACCAAGUGCCAAACUCAAGCUGAAGACCCUGAUGUGACCAGUGAUGAAGAGUUCUCGAGUGGAGAUGAUGAUAACUGAUGUGAGCUACAAAUAAAAAUCUUUUAUCUUUGAA